AACACGCGAUAUUUGGAGAGACACCAGCGGUUCUGUCGUAAACGUUAACUGUUUACGUUUCAAUGAUCAUAUUUGCCGGGCGAUACAGCUAGGUAGCAGUUCUAAUCUUUAUCGUGGCCCUACGGACUUAAGUUGCUAACACUGUGAAGAUGCAGCCUGCAGCAGCUAAGUGGUAUGACAGAAGGGACUCUGUUUAUGUAGAGUUCUGCGUGGAGGACAGUAAAAAUGUGCAAGUAACCUUUGACAAGUCAAAAAUGGAUUUCAGCUGCAUCACUGGAACAGAUAAUAUCAAACACCAGAAUGUAGUGGAGCUUUUUGGGGAAAUUGACCCCAAAGAAUCCAAGCACAGACGAACAGACAGGUCUGUUUUGUGUUGUUUACGAAAAGCAGAGGCUGGGAAAUCAUGGCCUCGACUUACCAAAGACAAAGCAAAGUGCAACUGGCUGAGUGUGGAUUUCAAUAAUUGGAAAGACUGGGAAGAUGACUCAGAUGAGGACUUAUCAAGUUUUGACAAAUUCUCAGAGGUAUGUAUAUAUUUAUACUUGGCUGAACUUAUAAGUACUCCAAGAUUUAGUGGUGACUUAAUAGUGUUGUGUUUACUUCAGAUGAUGAACAGCAUGGGAGGAGAUGACUUACCUGAUUUAGAUGGUGCAGAAGAGGAGCAUGAUUCUGCAGACAGUGAUGAUGAAAAAAUGCCUGACCUUGAGUAGAUGAAUAUGGACGCCACCUUAGUAGUACAUAAAUCAGUCGGUUGAAGAGAGAGACUUAGACAUGUGUUGGCAGCCACUUUGGAGAAGACACCUCAUCUCUCUACAGUUUCCAAAGCGAAACCCCACAAGGGAGUGACUGUUGGAUACAGACGUGCACAGAUAUCCUUACCGACAUACAGUGCUGUGCUUUGCUGUUCUGUUCUGCAUGAACAAUUCUGUUCAAAUGAAAAUGUUAUUGUUCAUUGACUUUAAUGACUGUAAUGGGACGUGCUGAUGUCUUACACCUUCUCUCUGUUUUUUUGCAAUGUCAGGUUAGUUAUCGAACCUUGUGAUUUCUAAUGACGAAGCAAACUCAAAAUGCCUAUUUUCCAAAAAGUAGAUUUUUUUAAUAACAGGUUUUCCCCUUUAAUGUUUGUAUUGUAAAUUGCACUUAUUUUGUUUGUUAAUUUAAAACAGCAACCUUUCAGCUUGUAAUGGGUUUUCUGAUGUAUGUCAACAUCUACAAAUAUUUAAUAAUCUCAAUUUUAAAAACUUAUUUCAGCAUUUAAAAUGAAUAUGCUUGUGCAUCUUACAGCUUGUGUUGAAACCAUGGCAGUAAAGUGAUACAAUUUUUGCUUAUAUUCAUACCUUUACAAAGGCAAGUGUGUUUCUCUAUGCCGAUGUACAGAAAGAUUGCACAUUGUAGCAGUUACAAAAAUUAAUUUUCUUCCAUAUGCAUACUGAGAUGGGGCAGAAAUCCUUUGUAAGUCUACCAGGACUUUUCCAAACGAGUGCAGGUUAUAAAUGUUUGUUAAUCAAUUACACUAGAACGAUGCUUUGCAAACUUGUGCGUUUGAACAUGUGUUGAACACUUUUGCGUUUGUCUAAUGCUGUGGGAGUUUGAGUAUACAUUUCUAAUAAACAGUCUCAAACCAUUGGA